AUGUUCUCCAGAUCUGUCCUGAUCACUCUUGCAGUGGCUUUGGGAGCUCUCGCCACCCCCAUCACCUUCAUUGACGAUUUUCACGACUCCAGCGUCUCCGGUCUCGAUGCGCGUUCCACAUCACCUGGAACAGGCACCAACAAUGGCUACUACUAUUCCUUCUACACCGACGGUGGCGGCAACGUGACGUACAACAAUGGUGCGAAAGGCUCGUAUACUACUCAAUGGACCAACUGCGGGAACUUUGUUGCUGGCAAGGGGUGGAAUCCAGGGAGUGCGAGAACAAUCAACUACUCCGGCACAUUUAGCCCAAGUGGAAAUGCCUACCUGAGCGUCUACGGCUGGACCACAGACCCCUUGGUCGAGUACUACAUUGUCGAAUCCUACGGCACGUACAACCCCUCCACAGGCUUGACCUACAAAGGUCAAGUUAGCAGCGACGGCGGCACUUACAACAUUUACACUGCAACCCGCACCAACGCCCCUUCGAUCAUUGGCACAGCGACCUUCACGCAGUACUGGUCGAUUAGAAGCAGCAAGCGUGUUGAUGGUACUGUGACUGUAGGGAACCACUUCAAUGCGUGGAAGAAGUAUGGGAUGAAUUUGGGGACGCAGAAUUAUCAGAUUGUGGCGACGGAGGGAUAUCAGAGUAGUGGGUCUUAUUCCAUCACUGUGUCUUGA